UGUUAGUAUAUAAAUCCCUCGCUUCGAACAAGAAGGUGGCUUUUUCGAAAGCCCAGCGCUAGGGAAAGAACCGGUUAAUCACAUACGCGCUCGAAAAUGGCAACUUCAAAUGUAGUGCCCAAAAUAUAUCGUGGCGUGAUCGAAGAUGUGAUUAAGAACGUGCGGGAAAGUUUCUUAAACGAAGGUGUAGAUGAACAAGUUCUUCACGAACUAAAACAGAUUUGGGAAAGUAAACUACUUCAGUCAAGAGCUGUUGAUGGGAUGCCUGCAGAAGGACAGCAAACACAGCGUCAGCAAUACAUGUAUCCUCAUGUUGCACCAACGAUUCCUCAACAAGUCCAGCCAACAAAAGCAGUACAUCAAGUAAAUAUUGCUCCUGCCGCUGUCAGAGUCCCAGAAGCUGUCACUCCACAACAAGCUGCCAGUGGUCAGACUGCCAUACUGUAUCCAUCAGCUCAUUCUCAUGCAUUAGGCCAAAUGACUGCAGCGGCUUCAGCAGCAACAAUGGCCAUUCCUGAAAAUUUAUCACAAAUCCAGCAGGGAGUUUCAUCACAUGCUUAUCCCACUGUGAGGACAAUACAGACAACACAGCAGGUGGGAAAUCUUCAACGAAUUGUCAAUACUGCACAACCACGACACAUCAUCGGCACCACCCAGCAGCAAGUCAUUCAUCAUCAGCCAACAAUGGUUGGAAACACGCAACUAAUCCGUGGUGCUCAGCCGUCAACAACCCGAGUCACUCAGCCCCAAGUUAUCCAGAUGACACAGUUACAGGCAGGAGAUAACAAGGCUCCAGGAAUUCAAGUUAUUCAAGUGGAUGGAGCAAAUGAUAGUGACAGUGAAGACGAUGAUGAUGACGAUGAAGAUGACUUGGAAGACGACAAAAAAGACAAAUCUCAAGAAGGACUGGAUGACGCAGACUUAGAUGAAGAAGAUCCUCUCAACUCAGAUGAUGAUGUUUCCGAUGACGACCCUGCUGACCUUAUUACUCGUACCAGAAAUAAGUGGAAGUUCCAUUUGAAGGACGGAAUAAUGAACCUUAGAGGAAGAGACUAUGUGUUUCAAAAAGCAACAGGCGAUGCAGAAUGUUGUCCAUCAAAUUGCAAACUCGGAAACAAAGUUGUGAAUGUCACUCUGAACUUUGUUGGGAAGUUGCGAAGUUCAUUGCGAGCGAAGUUUGCGCCAUUCGGUGUAGUUGGUUUGAUUUGGGAAAGUAAACUACUUCAGUCAAGAGCUGUUGAUGGGAUGCCUGCAGAAGGACAGCAAACACAGCGUCAGCAAUACAUGUAUCCUCAUGUUGCACCAACGAUUCCUCAACAAGUCCAGCCAACAAAAGCAGUACAUCAAGUAAAUAUUGCUCCUGCCGCUGUCAGAGUCCCAGAAGCUGUCACUCCACAACAAGCUGCCAGUGGUCAGACUGCCAUACUGUAUCCAUCAGCUCAUUCUCAUGCAUUAGGCCAAAUGACUGCAGCGGCUUCAGCAGCAACAAUGGCCAUUCCUGAAAAUUUAUCACAAAUCCAGCAGGGAGUUUCAUCACAUGCUUAUCCCACUGUGAGGACAAUACAGACAACACAGCAGGUGGGAAAUCUUCAACGAAUUGUCAAUACUGCACAACCACGACACAUCAUCGGCACCACCCAGCAGCAAGUCAUUCAUCAUCAGCCAACAAUGGUUGGAAACACGCAACUAAUCCGUGGUGCUCAGCCGUCAACAACCCGAGUCACUCAGCCCCAAGUUAUCCAGAUGACACAGUUACAGGCAGGAGAUAACAAGGCUCCAGGAAUUCAAGUUAUUCAAGUGGAUGGAGCAAAUGAUAGUGACAGUGAAGACGAUGAUGAUGACGAUGAAGAUGACUUGGAAGACGACAAAAAAGACAAAUCUCAAGAAGGACUGGAUGACGCAGACUUAGAUGAAGAAGAUCCUCUCAACUCAGAUGAUGAUGUUUCCGAUGACGACCCUGCUGACCUUUUUGAUACAGAUAAUGUUGUUGUAUGUCAGUUUGACAAGAUUACUCGUACCAGAAAUAAGUGGAAGUUCCAUUUGAAGGACGGAAUAAUGAACCUUAGAGGAAGAGACUAUGUGUUUCAAAAAGCAACAGGCGAUGCAGAAUGGUAGCCAAGAUGCUACAAAAUAAAUAUUAUUGUAAAAAGAAUCGUAAAGUGUAAAAAAAUAACAGGGAGCCAAAGAAUUUAAAGAUU